AUUUAGGGAACAUGCAAAAGCAGAAGAGGAAGUCAGAGUAACAGAGAAGAGCAGGAUGAUACAAGAAUUAGGUAGAGUUCGGGAAAACCAUUUACUUUCACCCUCUUACUGUGUAAAUGAGAAAAAAUGACCCUAGAAGUAAAGUGACUUUUCAGUGCUACAUAGGAUUUGUUCUGUUGCAGUUGAAUUAAGAGAAGUGAAUAGGAUGGAUGCUGCUGACAAGUAGAGAAGCUGGAAGCCAGAGCUGGAGAGGAAACAAGACGCUGAGUAGGAAGCUCAGGGUUUCGGGUUUUGCAUGUUUUCUUUGUUUGUGGACAGUGGCUAAAGGUGAGCUUUGUCUGUUGGAGAGAGAAGGAAGUCAGUAUAGAGAUAGCGUAGGGUAGGUUUGUGGAGAACAAAGAUCAAAGAUCAGCUUUUCUGAAAGAAAGAAAGAACACCUGCAAAUGAAAUGCUGUUUCUGCAACUUCUGUCGGUAGCUGUUCUCCUCCCAGGUGGUGACAAUGAAGAAGUGAAGCCUGAAGCUAGGCUGUCCAGUGGCACCAGUCUUGGUCCUGGCCGUAUGCUGCUGGUUUGUCAUGUCUUUGGCUUCUACCCGAAGCCCGUGUGGGUGAUGUGGAUGCGGGGCGAGCAAGAGCAGCCAGGCACUCAGCAAGGUGAUGUCCUGCCCAACGCUGAUGGCACCUGGUAUCUUCAGGUGUUCUUGAAUGUGACAGCUAUGGAGGCAUCUGGCCUGUCUUGCCGGGUGAGACACAGCAGUCUAGGUGACCNNNGUGUACCCAAAUACACAGACCAUGACAACUCCACGGCCUGGAUCAUCUUGGCAGUGAUCUUGCCCCUGGUGCUUCUCAUUGUCUUUAUAUUUUGGUUUAGGAAUCGCAGAGCUGGUGAGUUCUUUGUAUCCAUCUUUCUUGCCCCUGCCCCAAGUUGUUUCUCUGUCCUCAGUUCUUCUUCUCCUCCCAGUGCCCUUCUCUCUUUUCUCUCACUUCUCACCUCCACCUAUGUAGAAUGACUUCUAUCUCUGUUCUUAUACAGUUAAUAUGAGGAGCUACUCUUCUAUUUUUGGAACAAGAAGCCAGCAUCUCAGGAGCUCAGGAUAGACCUAAACACAGCAUGGUGAUGACAUCCUUUCAACUCUGCUUGUAAAACUUUUUGCUUGUUUAUUUCUGCUUAAUGAUCCGUUAUCAAUAUAAGAUAAAUGUAAUUUUACAGGAUUUGUUAUUCUGGCCUGGGUUCUUGGGCUUUACAAUUUCAGUUUUAAUGGAAUAAAAUGGCGUCCUAGAUAUCUCCAUAAAGUCUGAUAUUAAUCGAUUAUCAGGCCUAUUUCAGACGUCACCUCUUUGAGAGGCCUCCCCUGACUGGCUCAUGGGAAGCAGGCUCUCCAUCCUCGGACUCCUAUUGGACUUUGAUUGUACUUUGCUAAAUGUAUUCUUCACUUCCAAUGCUUUGUUACAGUUAUGAGUCCCUUUUCCACAUCUAAUUUUUAACCUUUUUGAGAGCAAAGUCGAUGUCUUCUUAAUAUAUGUUUCUCUACUUAAUAUAUGUCAUACCUGCAUAUAAUAUGUUCUCAGUAAAACUCUAUCUUGAAUUUAAGCCAAAUUUGUAGUAUUAUUCUUUUCCUUUCUGAUAUUUUUGUCAGAGUUGAGACAUUUGAUGCUUUUCUUGUUAAAAUUCUUUUCACUUGGCCAAGAGACUUCACACUUACCUAGUUUCCUGGUUUCUUCUCCGAGCCCCUGAAUG